AUGUCUCACUUUGCUACUCCAUUUAUUGUUGUUAAUUUAGGUUGUGAAAUGAUUUAUGUUAUCGAUCAGAGGUUAAAAACGCAGAAUAUACCAUUGGAUAAAUCUGAAAGAGUACUUACAGAUAUAGUAACAGUGCUGCUACAUCCCAAAUUACUGGACGAGCUAUUUAUACCACAGCCGGUCGCCACGCAUGCUGUCAUAAGGCAACUUAUUCAAGAUAUUUCUGCAACAUCCAUUAUGAAACUUGAUGACUACUCCAUGAGCAAAUUAUGGGAUCUUAUGACUAUGAUAUUCAAAUGGCAGCUCUCUGUGGCGACGAACCAGAAUAUAUUUGACAUAAGCCGGCGACAUUUGCGGAGCGUAGACAAACUAAUGCCGGAAUAUUUCACAAAGAGCAUUUUUGAAAAUGCUCUGAGAAAAUUUGAAUUUUUAUCUAAUACGUUUACUGACGACGAUUACAACGGUUUGUGCAAUACUUUGAUACUUUGGUUUUCAGAAUAUCACACAAAAAUUUCAGUCCUUUUAAGAUUAGGCUUACAAAAGAAGGACGGAACGUUUAGUAUACCGUCGACACUCAAUCCAGUGGUCCUAAAGAAUUUAGGCGAAAAUAUUUACAAAUAUGAUUCCAAGAAGACCGAGGAAUAUGAAAGCUGCUGUAUUGAAACGAGUGAAAUCAGCUACCUCUUGGGCUCUAUAGAAAAAGUAGGAUCGUACAAACAUUAUGUCGAACUACAGCUGCCUAUAGAUUUGGGUAAUGAAAAGUUAAAAAACAAGAUUAUGAAAUUAGAUAAAAAUAUUGAAUAUACAAAGAUAACUGCUCACGUAAGAAAUAAAAAUAACGAUCUUACUUACACGGCUAGUUUACCCAGCUCUCCACAACAGGAUCUAAUUAAAAUGCUUAAUGAAACCUUUUCGGAUGUUUAAAACUGCCAACAUUUACCUACCUAUUUUUACUGUAAUAAAAUUAACUCCCAAGUUUA